UCGUCAUUCCAAACAAGUGUGCGACAUGUGUGCGACGUGCGCCAUCUUGAUGAUAUUGGUCGCUGGGUCGUACCAGUACCAUCGUACCAUUUACGACCGGGUGAUGGAAGAAAGCGAGUUUUCCGGGUACAGGAACAUGAUCAAGUACAACAGGAUAGUGACGCUGGAUUUGUUUUACUUGGGUGUGACUUUUUUCGCGCCGGAGAACCCAGCGUUCGAGAAGUACGACGGGACGGCCACUGGGGACCACGUAAUUUUGUACCACGUGGUCAACCAACCUUACACGUUGAAGGAGUUGGUGAAGAAUGGGUCUGGACCCAUUGCGAGCGCCCAGGAAGAUAACCCACCGCUGUGGGUGAGCGUGGCGGAUGAUGGGUACUACCUCAACAACGCCAAAAUCGUACAAUAUAAAUCGGACUAUGUGGCGAACUGUAAAAGAGUGCAGAGUUUGAAGCAGGUACUACACGUUGUCGAUCGAGUGUUGGAUCCGAUGUUUCAAAUCCCUUUCGCUAACCCAUCGGCGCUGGAUUUUCUCCAAAACUACCAACACUGGAAGCUAGGGGGGCGAAAAGUGUCCCACUUCUACAAAAAGGUACUCUUCCACGAGAAACAAGAUCUGUUUCGGAAACCAGGUGAACACACUUUUUUUAUUCCCAUGGAUUAUAAAGGGUACGACCGUCGUCUAGAAGACGUGGAUGGGUAUCUGAUCGAAGGUCAUGUGGUACCCAAUCUGGUACUCUUCACCAGACCCGCACUGAAGAACUUCGUCUACGAAACGGCUUGCAACGGUGACUACAUCUACAUAGUAGUGACUUUAUUGUCACAAAAGAACAAACUCUUCGUCAAAAGCUACACAGUUCUUGGAGAUAGUGACCACCAGAAGGGGGAAGUUUUUGCCGAAAUAGUCAAAGCUAACAUUCCUGUGACCAAUGGUGUUGUUCACUUGAUUUCACGACCUUUGGCUGUGGUCGACAAAGCCCUUCGCCCUUUCCCUUAUCUUUCCGUCUUGUACAAAAUCACCGCUGACCCUUCCCUUAACACUACUUUCCAUAUUGGCGAGAAAGGGCGGAUUAACAAAAUCCUGAAACGCGAGAAAGGUCUCUUCACGUACUUCGCCCCCAGAGACCGCUCCUGGCCCGAGUACCUCGGGUACUCCGACGACGAACUCAUGGACAUCCUCUCGAGACACUUGGUGGUCUCCAGCGGCCGCCACACCAUGGCGAGUCUCGCCGCCUCCAGCGCCAGGAACAACGGUACCACCUUGGAGACCCUCGCCGGAAACCUCAAACUCCAGAUUCUUCAUACUAAUAACACCUUCUUCGUCGUGUACGGCCACACACCCAUCCGGGUCUCCCGCGCCGACUACGAGUGCAGCGACGGGAUCGUGCACCUCAUUGACGGCGUCUUCGCCGCCCCCAAGCCGCCCGCGAGUACCCCGGCGCCGCCCAAAACCUCGUUUUGGAGAACGUUGAAGAACAUAGUCACGUGAACGCCGCCGCCGUUUGGUCACCAAAAACUAUUUUGUUGACGGAGGUGACGCGUUGUUCGCCUGAUUUAGUACCUCUUGAUGUAUUGUGUUCUUGUUAUUGGUUUGUGUAAGUGAUCAUUGUUGGUUCAGUUAUAAGUAAAGAUGUUAGGUGGGGGUGUGUUGAAAUCCCCACUUUUGACUUUUUUUUUUAAAUCAGUUUAUUUGGUGUUAGUUUUCGGAUAAUUUUGAAUUUUUUUGAAAUUCAUU